AUGAUGCCGAAACAUGUGACUGGUUUUGACGAAAACACUGGAAAUAUCCAUAACUUGAAUGGUGUGAACGGAAUGAACAUUAACAUCAAUACCAUUAACAUUGAGACCAAUAGUUCGACAGCUAUUAAUCUGAACAGUAAUACCCGAAACGAUGGCCAACCCAUGGGUGCCGUAUUGGCCAAGAAGUCGCAACCAAAGACCAAAUGUGUGGACAGCUGUUCCCGACCCACGAAGAGACCGCCUUCUGAGAGACGGUUCAAAUGCGAUCAAUGCGAACGUGAGACCCAUUUGCCACCAAUUGCUUGA